AUGAAAGGCAUGGUUAUUACUCUUGAGGAUGUAAUAAAGGGAAUGAAGAUCAUGAGGGAGACUUUGAUAUAUUUGUCACAUCUUGAUCAUGAGGACACAGAAAAGCUAAUGCUAAAGAAGCUAAGCAAACAAUUAAGUGACGAGGAUUGGAAUUGGAACAACUUAAACACAUUAUGUUGGGAGAACAGAUUUUUGGUUAUGGUCAUUCAUGACUCGCUGAAUUUAUGCGAAAUCACGAAAGGGAAGGAUAACAAAGCUGUCAUUGCAAGUAACAUUAUGUAUGUUGUUGGACAGUACCCGAGGUUUCUAAGAGCUCACUGGAAGUUCCUAAAAACUGUUGUGAACAAAUUGUUUGAGUUCAUGCAUGAGACACAUCCUGGUGUUCAGGAUAUGGCCUGUGACACAUUCUUGAAGAUUGUUCAGAAGUGCAAACGGAAAUUUGUAAUUGUUCAGUUAUAUUUGAAACUAAGUAAAGGGUGA